UGAACACUUUCAAGAUGGCUCAUCUCACAUGACUGUUCCACUGUCAAGCAAAAUCCUAAUGCCAUAUUCUUCAUAUAAAUUCACAGAAAUGGAAAAAUUUCAGGGUUCAGAAGGCAAGAAGGAAGAUGAAGAAAAGAAAUAUCUUGAUGUUAUCAGCAACAAAAACAUAAAGCUGUCAGAGAGAGUUCUGAUCCCUGUCAAACAAUAUCCAAAGUUCAAUUUUGUUGGGAAAUUGCUUGGGCCAAGAGGAAACUCUUUAAAGAGGUUGCAAGAAGAAACAGGCGCAAAAAUGUCCAUCCUGGGAAAAGGAUCCAUGAGGGAUAAAGCUAAGGAGGAAGAACUAAGGAAAAGCGGAGAAGCCAAAUACGCGCACUUGAGUGAUGAGCUCCAUGUAUUAAUUGAAGUGUUUGCUCCACCUGGGGAGGCGUAUUCUCGUAUGAGUCAUGCCUUGGAAGAAAUAAAAAAAUUCCUGGUUCCUGAUUAUAAUGAUGAAAUUCGCCAGGAGCAGCUGAGAGAACUCUCGUAUUUGAACGGUUCUGAGGAUACAUCACGUGGACGGGGCAUUCGAGGAAGAGGGAUCCGUGUGCCACCUGCAGCCCCUUCAAGGGGCCGUGGCGGCGCCGUCCCCCCCCCCCCCCCCCCCCCCCCCCCCCCCCCCCCCCGAGGAGCGCCGGUGACGCGCGGAGCGCUGCCCGUCCCGCCGGUGGCCAGGGGCGGCCCCACGCCGCGAGCCCGCGGGGCGCCGUCCGUGCCGGGCUACAGAGCGCCCCCGCCGCCCGCACACGAGCCCUACGAGGACUACGGAUAUGAUGAUGGAUAUGGGGGUGAAUAUGAUGAUCCAAGCUAUGAGGCAUAUGAUAAUAGUUAUGCCACCCAAACACAAAGUGUGCCUGAAUAUUAUGACUAUGGUCACGGAACAAGUGAAGAGGCUUAUGACAGCUACGCACAAGAAGAAUGGGCCACGACCCGUUCCAGCCUAAAGGCACCGCCUCCAAGGUCAGCCAGAGGGGGUUACAGGGAACACCCCUAUGGUAGAUAUUGAAGGUCCUCCUCAUCUGUCACCUCUUCUCAAAGACAAUUAAUAGCCUGUGGUCUCCACAUAAACAGCAACAAGACAAGUAAUAGUCCAUUUCUUUUCUAUCCUAGGGAUUACUGAUCAUUAUUAUCCUAUGUACUACUUGUAUUUCCUAUAACACUGGCGUGACAUUGGCAUUAGUAUUAUUUUAUAAGACGGACUUAAAAAGACAGAGACAAAAACCUUUGGCAAGCAUUGUCUAUAAACUAUACAAAGAUGAUGUUCUGUUGGUUGUAUUCAUUGCUGUGUGUAACUAAAAAGCAUGACACUGUUACAGCUCUUGAGUCUAACAUACUAGUUAAGCCUGAGUUUCUGUUUAGGGUUGCUGAAAGACUGUAAUAUGUUUGAGUUUUUUGGGGGGGUUUUUUGUUUGUUUUUUUUUUCUUGAGCCAGACAAUAAUCAAGCUGUAGAUAAGAUGUCUUAACCUGUCUUUUUUAAUAUAUGUUAGUUUAGAUUAAGAUGCUCGAUAUUAAGUUUGUAAAUUUAAUUUUAAAUGAUGUUUUAAUGGGGUUGAAAACAAGCAGCUACUGUAUGUAUGUAGCUAACUGAAGUUGUUCAGUGUUUUAACCUGUAUUUGUUAAAAAAAAUCACUUAAAGUUCCAUGUGUAAGCUUCUCUAAAUAGGAAACCAUAAUUUUGUCAAAUAUGUUUGCCAUAAUUUGUCAAUAAAGCUGAAACCU